CUUCACGUUAGCCUACGUGGGAGUAAAGCUUGCCUGAAAGCUUGCCUGAAAGCUUAAACCCAGGGCAUUCUAGCCAAUUUGUACCAAAAAAAAAAAGGCCUGGCCGUUCUUUGACAGCUCGGUACUCGACGUCAGGCUACUGUAUAGCCGUAAUGACACUUGGCGACGUGUCAUCGACCAUUUCACUGUAUGAUAAUCAGUUUACACGCUUAACCUGAGGCAAGACUACAAGAGGAGAAUAGGACAUAAACUGUGCUGGGAACUGGCCUACACUUCCGGCACUGGGAUGAUGCUAAAGACCCUACUCAUCACCAGUCUUCUUGGCUGGGCGAAAUGUCACGAGAGCCAGAGCAUGACACCAGAGGAGAAGACUGUUAUCAGGGACCAGAUUGUUGAAAUGUUUGAUCACGCUUAUGGCAGUUACAUGAAAUAUGCCUAUCCAGCAGAUGAGCUGAUGCCUCUAAGCUGCAGGGGGAGAGUCCGUGGCCAGGAGCCCAAUAGAGGGGACAUAGAUGACUCCUUGGGGAAGUUUUCUCUCACACUGAUAGACACCCUUGAUACCCUGGUGGUGUUAAACAAGCUUGAUGAGUUUGAGGACGCAGUGAGGAAAGCACUGAGGGAUGUACGCCUGGACAAUGAUGUGGUGGUGUCUGUGUUUGAGACCAACAUCAGAGUUUUAGGAGGGCUUUUGGGAGCCCACGUGAUGGCUGACCUGCUACGGCAGCGUGGGGAGAGGAUGCAGUGGUAUCGCGAUGAGCUCCUACACAUGGCCAAAGAGCUGGGCGAUCGAUUACUGCCUGCCUUUAACACCACAAGUGGCCUUCCCUACCCUAAGGUGAAUCUGCGGUAUGGAGUCCUGAACCCACUUUCACGCACAGGCACUGAAUCGGACACCUGCACAGCAUGUGCUGGAACAAUGAUCCUGGAGUUUGCUGCCCUCAGCAGAUUGUCAGGAGAGUCUGUGUUUGAGGAAAAUGCCAGGAAGGCUCUGGAUGUCCUCUGGGAGAGGAGACAGAGAGGAAGUGACUUGGUGGGGACUGUCAUCAAUAUCCAUAAUGAAGAAUGGGUCCGGAGGGACAGCGGAGUUGGCGCUGGUAUUGACUCAUACUAUGAAUAUCUGAUGAAGGCCUACAUUCUUCUAGGAGACAAUGUUUUUCUGGAGAGGUUCAACAUUCACUACAGUGCCAUUAUGAAGUACAUCAGUCAGCCUCCCCUGCUGCUCAAUGUACACAUGCACAACCCCACUGUAAGCGUGCGCAGCUGGAUGGACUCUCUCUUGGCAUUCUUCCCUGGCUUACAGGUUUUGAGAGGAGAUCUGAAACCAGCUAUUGAGACUCAUGAAAUGCUUUACCAAGUCACCAAACAGCACAAGUUUCUUCCAGAGGCUUUCACUACAGAGUUUAGAGUUCAUUGGGGCCAACACCUACUGAGACCAGAGUUUGCAGAAAGCACAUACUACCUCUAUAAGGCCACUGGUGACCCCUACUACCUCAGAGUGGGACAGUCCAUCGUGGAAAAGCUCAAUGCCUAUGCCAGGGUGCCUUGCGGGUUUGCUGCUGUGCAAGAUGUCCGCACUGGGAUGCAUGAAGACAGGAUGGACUCAUUCUUUCUGGCUGAGAUGUUUAAAUACCUGUACCUGCUGUUUUCGGAGAAGAGCGAGCUGCCCAUCAAUAUUGACGACUACAUCUUCACCACGGAGGCUCACCUUCUCCCUGUAUCUCUCUCCACCACCAAGCCGCCCUGUCAAGGCAACAUUACGGAGACUGUUACUGUUUCUCAAGAAGAAGAUCUGUUCACACACUCCUGCCCCAGCAUAGAGACGUUGUUCCCCAACAACCCUUCAUUUGCCAAAACCAUCCGAGACAGCUACAAGUACCUCACUGGGGUGGGACGAGCCUUCCACCCCUUACCUGUCAGGGAAAUUGAACUACCGCUCCAUGAUAAUGGCAUGGAGCCAGUAGAGUUCUUGAAAAGCAUGGGCAUUUCUCUCACUCCACUGAAUGAGGUCACGGCAGGAGACAUCGGAAGUCAGAGGGAGCAUAAAGGAGUGUACCGAGUAAAACUUGUGGCAGAGGUAAGCCAGACACCGGAGGAGGAGGUGGUGCCUCAUGUUGUUCAGCUCAUAUCCCCUCCAUUUCUGGGUAGGACGGUCCUCACAGCGGGACCUGCCAAGUUUGGAAUGGACCUCACCAAGCAGGAGCACGGGGUGAAGGGCAGCAUAGUGAAAGCCUCACCUUACACUGCAUGUGGGCCAGUAGAUAAUACAGUGGAGCUUAAAGGCAAUAUCGCUCUGGCACUGCGUGGUGACUGCAUGUUUGCUGUAAAGGCUCGUCGGCUGCAGGAGGCAGGAGCCAUAGGAGUCAUCUUUAUAGACCACCGUGAGGGAAGUAAUAGUGAGGAAACUCCCCUCUUCCAGAUGGUUGGAGAUGGCGACUCCACUGAAGACAUCACCCUGCCUUUGGUCUUCCUGUUCAGCCGUGAGGGUGCCGUGCUCACAGCU